UCUUCUUCUUCUUCUUCUUCUUCUUCCUCAAAAUGGCUUACACCAACUGCAACGACAGCAACUCUACCGAGAGCCACCGCCGACCUGUCAACUUGGCCAACCCGCCGCGAGUAUGGCAAUGCUGCAAUUGCAAACAGGGUUGGUUCAGCAUGGCCCUUGACUCAGCUUGCCCUGGGUGUCUCGUUCGACGCUGUGGCGGCUGCACCUACGCCGCCUCCUGAUGAGCGAAUCAUGGGAAACGGAUCUAUAAGAUCUGCCUGUCCUUACCGAAGGGGAACAACCCCAUUUCCUUUAUCGAGACUGUGCUGGGUUCGAGGUGGAGUGUAUGUGGACUAG